UUUCCCCUCUGGAGGACUAAUGAGUGGAUGUGUCGGAGGAGGAGAAGCAGGAACCGAGAGAGGAAGGAGAAGCAGUAGUGUCUAUAAUGAGCCCGCUGUUGCUGCGCUGCUCGCUCGGCUGCUUCACGACAGUUCUCGGCUCAUUUUCCGCUUCACGGAACAAACUCGUCACACAAGCAGCAGCAGCGGCUCCUCAUCUGCUGUGUCUCAGCAAAACGAUGCACUAUCAGACGGAGGAGAGAGGACGCCCACAUUCUGCUGACUACCGGAUCUAUUUCAAAACGUCUGAAGGGAAAUACAUUUCACCGUUCCAUGACAUCUCACUUAUAGCGGAGACAGAACAGGACAAUGAUGUGCCGGCUAAAAAGCCAAAGAAGCAUGAGAGUGAGGUGCUCUUUAACAUGGUCGUGGAGGUACCUCGAUGGACAAAUGCUAAAAUGGAGAUCGCAACUAAGGAACCGCUGAACCCGAUCAAACAAGAUGUGAAGAAAGGAAAGCUCCGGUACGUUGCCAACAUAUUCCCCCAUAAAGGUUACAUCUGGAAUUAUGGGGCGCUCCCACAGACAUGGGAGGACCCAAACCACACAGACGAAGAGACAAAGUGCUGUGGUGACAAUGAUCCCAUUGACGUUUGUGAGAUCGGCACUCAGGUGUGCUUUCCAGGUCAGGUGAUCCAGGUGAAAGUGCUCGGCAUCUUGGCCAUGAUCGAUGAGGGAGAAAUGGACUGGAAGGUCAUCGCCAUCAAUGCUAAAGACCCAGAUGCCAAAAACCUGAAUAGCAUAGAGGAUGUCCGCAAGUGCCGGCCCGGUCAUUUAGAGGCCACUGUCGACUGGUUUAGGAAAUAUAAGGUGCCUGAUGGGAAGCCUGAGAACCAAUUUGGAUUCAACGAACAAUUCAAAGACAAGGACUUUGCAGUUGAGAUCAUUAAGUCCACCCAUGAGCACUGGAGGGCACUAGUGCAGAAGCAGACAAAUAGUGGAGGGAUCGACUGCAAAAACAUCUCCUGCUGUGAGAGCCCUUUCAAAUGCAGUGCAGAUGAGGCCAGAGACGUGGUGGAAUCGGCCCCUGCGUUGGACAGCGCACAUCCUGUGUCUCCAAAUGUGGACAAGUGGCAUUUUGUCUGAAGCCCUAAAGACGAUAUGGAAACCAACAAAACCUCUUGAAGUCGUUUGAAGCAGCUGCGUCUUUUGAAUGCAGCUGUAUUUAUUUUCGGUAAGGACUCAUUCACAGCUGUAUAAAGUGCCAUGUAAGGUUAUCAGACAAUAAUUUGUUUAAAAAAAACAACUGUAAUACGCAGUACAUUGGAUAUAUGAGCCAGUGAAGAUCUGUACAAGGUGGGUUUUUUGGACACCAAUUUGAUUUAUUAUAAUAAUAAUUUAGAGGUUAGAAAAUAAAAAAUAAUGAGUCUCCUUUCUAUCGAGUUGUAAAUUAUGUUGUAUACCGUAUGUACUGCAGUAUUUUUGUGUCUUGUAUAAAAGACAAAGUCAUGCUAAUAUGCCACAAUUAGCCUUUUCGACUGUAAUCCAUUUCUGCUAGAACCACAACACAGUUUGUAUGUAACAAGUAAACAAGUUCUUCCUGUUUGGGUAAAUAAAAAUGAAGGCGUGAACAUGG